CUCUCCCUCUCUCUUCUCUCUUCUCUCUCUCUCUCUCCCUCUUCUCUCUCUGGGUGAUGCUGUCAGAGAUUCCAGCGCUCGCGCUGUCACCACCAGGACUCCCAAAAGAGAAAUCUGGUGAAAAAAUGCCGAAUUAUCUUUUUUAACGACAAAUGAGGACAGAUUGUCGUUUCCUCUGUUUUGUGGGGCGUUUCUUCGUUUUAUAGCCUACAUAUACCAACUAGUGCAUUUUGAGGGAGUACUAUGGAAGAGCAAGCUAAGAAAAGCGGCUGAGGAUUUUUUACGGUUUGGGUGAAACGGUUAGGUUGCCGUUAGAAGGCUUAUUAGCUUUGUGACGACAUUGAAGAGGCAACAGGCAUGGAUAUACAGUAGCAGAUAAAGCGCAAUUAAAUCACUCUGCAUGCAGCUGCCUCUCGGAUUUUUACUCGGUAAUACCAUUUCCAGUUGAAGAACGUUUUUAAUUCGACUAAAAUGGCUCAUUUAAUACGACACAAGCUCACCAACAAGCUGACCAAUGCGGCCCACACGGUGUCCAACAAAUCUCAGGCCAAGGUCAGCGGGGUGUUCGCCCGACUGGGCUUCCAGGCCGCAACGGACGAUGAGGGCUUGGGUUUCGCCGAGUGCGAUGACUUGGAUUAUGACUACAGGCAAGGGAUGCAAAUGGAUGUUCUUCAGGGCGAAGAGGAAGGGGGACCCAUGGAGGGAGGGGGGGAUCUGGAAGGAGACAGCCACUACCAGAGGGACGGUACCGGUCGGAGGCCUUCGUCCCUGAAGCCAAGUGGCUCACUGGAGGAGGAUAAGCCAAAAAUCACGACAUGGGAAGCUGGCUGGAACGUCACCAAUGCCAUUCAGGGCAUGUUCGUCCUCGGCCUACCGUACGCCAUCCUCCACGGCGGCUACCUCGGUCUCUUCCUCAUUAUCUUCGCGGCUGUGGUAUGCUGCUAUACCGGUAAAAUCCUCAUCGCAUGUCUGUACGAGGAUAACGAAGACGGCAUAAAAGUGCGCGUGAGGGACUCCUACGUGGACAUCGCCAAUGCCUGCUGUGCGCCCCGCUUCCCAGCGCUGGGAGGGCACGUUGUGAACGUGGCUCAGAUCAUCGAGCUGGUCAUGACAUGCAUUCUAUACGUAGUGGUCAGCGGAAACCUGAUGUAUAACAGUUUCCCAGGCUUCCCUGUGUCUCAGAAAGCCUGGUCCGUGGUGGCCACGGUCGCGCUCCUGCCUUGCGCGUUCCUGAAGAACCUCAAGGCCGUCUCCAAGUUCAGUUUGCUCUGCACCCUGGCGCACUUCGUCAUCAACGUCCUUGUGCUUGCAUACUGCCUCUCCAGGGCGCGUGACUGGGCAUGGGAGAAGGUCAAGUUUUAUAUCGAUGUGAAGAAAUUCCCCAUUUCAAUCGGCAUCAUCGUUUUCAGCUACACCUCCCAGAUUUUCCUCCCCUCCCUGGAGGGAAACAUGCAGAAGCCUAGUGAGUUUCACUGCAUGAUGGAGUGGACUCACAUUGCAGCCUGCGUCCUCAAAGGCCUUUUUGCCCUGGUGGCCUACUUGACUUGGGCAGAUGCGACCCAAGAGGUCAUCACAGAUAACCUGCCUUCAACUAUCCGGGCUGUGGUGAACAUCUUCCUCGUCGCCAAGGCACUGCUGUCUUACCCGCUGCCAUUCUUUGCUGCAGUCGAGGUUCUUGAGAAAUCCCUGUUCCAAGAUGGCGGGAGGGCCAUCUUCCCUGACUGCUAUGGCCCAAGUGGACAGUUGAAAUCGUGGGGUCUUGGCCUUCGAAUUGCCCUGGUAGUCUUUACCCUGCUUAUGGCCGUCUUUGUGCCCCAUUUUGCCCUCCUUAUGGGUUUAACUGGGAGUCUGACCGGCGCUGGCCUGUGCUUCCUCCUGCCCAGCCUCUUUCACCUGAAGCUCCAGUGGAGGAAUCUCAUGUGGCACCACGUCUUCUUCGACGUUGCCAUUUUUGUCAUUGGAGGCAUAUGCGCCAUAUCUGGCUUCAUUCACUCGAUCGAAGGGCUCAUAGAGGCGUUCAAGUACAAUAUCCAUGACUGAGAGCUACAGAGAUGACCUUUACUGAAUGGCAAUGUCCUAAAAUGUCGCACUCCGACAGGUUGUCAUGACGCAGAUCUUAUCAAAACAUCACGUUGACCACUUGACAUGAAGCUCGUGAGGAGGAUUUUUGUGUGAAAUGUAGCCUACAUUUUUUUUUAUUUUGCCUUCGUGAUAAUGUGCAAUAAUAAACUCUACAAUCAUUGUGUAAAGUAGUCAACUCAUUCCAGAAAACAUGUUUUAUUAAAUGGACUGAAGAAAACAACCUCCGCAUGAAUGGGGGUGAUGAAUAUGCAGGAUGAAUAUCCAGGUGUCAGUCUUCAUGCAAAGUUGUCAAAGAUCCAGUGAAAUAUACGCCAUGGAUCUAACUGUGGGUGUGUUCGUGUUUAUUUCAGGGGAAAGAAAUAUGUGAAAAACAAUGGUGUGAAUAUGUUAAAUGGUUUUUUGAGCUGCUAGAUAUAUCAUUAAAAGGUAAAAAUAAAAAGGGUUCCAUCACAUCAGAUGGCACUCUUUGGAUUGAAUAAACAACAAAUGACAAAUGUGUAGUUGUUUAAACAGAAUUCUUUUUCAGUUUUAUUGUGUCUUAUUUUCCAUCGUAUAUGCCUAUAGUAGUCCUUGUUGGCUUGUUUGUUUUCUUGAUGUUUCAAGUGUCAUUAUGGAUGAAGUGAAUUCAAAGUGCAAGCAAGUUGGUCCUAAUUGUGUAAUAUGAAAACAUGUCUGUCAAUAAUAUUCUCUUCCUAUUGAACUUGUUAAUUGUGAUUUAAUGGAACUAAUCAUGGUGUGUGUGUGUGUGUGAGAUGAAGAGUAUUUGUUGAAUUAAGAGAUAAAUAAAUGAAAUAUUUUAUU